AUGCGCCGCAGCGUGUACGCCAACGGAGAUACAGCUGGACCUGCCCAGAGGGUGACCAUGCCCUGGAAAGGAUUGGACAGGCUGGAAGCACUCAUCAACGAGGUAGACAUAAGAAUGAAAAGUAGGAAUCUCGAUGCUAGGAGUUUAUACACAUUGGAUGGUCACAUGAUCACAAACAUCAACCAAUUGAAACCGGGGGGCUACUACGUGGCGGUAGGUGUGGGAGUGAAGGGAUUUGUGAAAGGGGACUACGGAAGUGUUGUCAAACCUCAUUUCUACGUACCUCUCAAUAGCGGAGACUACAUAACAGCAACCACCUCUCAUGUUCAAGUGCAGAGAUCGUCUCAAUUUAUAACCGAGAGAUUGGAGUGUGACGGCGAGUGGAUGUUUGCGUGGUGCUGGUUGCCGGCUGAUGGUCGCAUAGUUGUUAGUACCUGUCUAGAGGAACGCAACCAGGAAUGCGUCGUGGCAGAGAAGCAAUCAAAAGGCAGCAUAUUCUACAACAGCAAGAAUGGCACGAGUGAGAACAGCGUGAAUGGCGGAAGUGGAAGCAGCAGCGUCAGGAUCUCACCAGGCAGCAAGAAAGCAUCCAGUCCUCAGUCAGAUGUCACCAUCAAGACAAGCAGAUCAAACAAACCUCAAAAACCAAUGUACAAAUCGGAAGGAAAUUUGUCCUUCAAGCAGAAAUCAAAGCAGCAGCAGCAGCAACAACAACAACAGCAGAAGCAGCAACGUAUUGUUACCAAAGAAGUGGAUUACGACAACGAUGAGGGUGGGAUCUUCAAAGCGAAGCAGCAGCGUCGCGAGACGAAACACGCGCAGGUCAUCCGUGAAGAUCACCAGACGAAGGUGGAGAUGCCCGUCGAACUGAUGAAUGCAGAUGAUGUUAUGGAAGAUAUAGAAUACAACAAAGAGCACCAAAGUACAGGGCACAGAAAGGGAAGACCUUCAAAUAUGGAACACGAGGAAAGGAGUGGCCAUGAAACUCGCCAUGCUCGCAACGAUCCCCACAACGUUCUCCUUGCCUCUCAUGCUGAAGAACUGGACGACAUUGAGAAGAACAACACUUACAGAAUAGAAGAUCACGACGUUGAAAUGGCGAAUGAAGAUUAUGAAAAUAACGUUGAAUGAUUAUUUCGCGAAACAAUCAUUUAUUUAAUUUGUGUAAUAAUUUAUUAAGAAACAUUUUUAUUUUGUUAAUAUAUCUAAUGACACUUGAUAACAGAUAUUACAAGAUAUUAUUGAAAUUUCACCUGCAUAACAAAUGUGCAUAAAUUAAUGAAGCGCAAAA